AUGUCACAUCGGUUGAAGAAGUCACGUCGUCACUCCCAGGACACUUACCCGGAUGUGCGAGCAUCCCUCGCGAAUAAGACAAGCUGGAGGGAUGAAGACUUUGUAGAUUUCACACACAUCCAACCGGUUGAUUGGCUCGUCUCUGCAUCCAGUCAGACGGAGAGUGAGGAGUCCCGUCGAAUUAGUCAAUUCCAAUUACCGCCGGAGCCUUAUGACGGGACCAAAUCGCGACUCUUUUCAAGCUUCCCCAGUGACGAGGAUGAGCACCUAGGCUUUGCAUUAAUAACUUCUAGGGAAUCGGAACCUGGGGACGACUACAAUGAACCCAACUUUAGAACUACGAGGCGCGAAAUUGUGGAAUUGUCACCGAUGCAAAUUUUGCGACGUUGGACGACAAUCGUCAACUUGAGUGGACUGAAAAGGGAGGGUGACAAGGUGACACUCAGACCAGAAGCGGCGAACGAAAUCGAGGCACUACACGCGGCGGCACAUUACAUGGCGGAGAAAUUUGGUCAGGGUUCAGGCGCCUACGAAAAGUGGCGCCAGUGGUUCCUCCCUGUUUGUCACCCCAUUCGGCGUAGGCAAAACAUUUUACGGCGCUUUGAGAUCGAAUACCGUGUCAAUGUCCAGGACUACGAACCCGCAAUGCGACCAAUGGCAAAAAUGAUUCGAAGGAACAUUCGACAACUUCUGCACAAGGAGUAUGCUCCUAUCAACAAUAGGAUUUGGCACGAAAAAUUGGGCCAACUGCUCAUACAAAAGAGUAGAGUCGAUCUAACGGACCACAUUAAGCGUCUGGAAGAACGUGAGAGGCAGAGACAGACGGAACUACUUCAAAAGGGUGUGAUCAAACAGGAGAUCUACGAUCAGGUGUCCACAGCAAAAGUCACCGCGAAGCACAAAGUCCGUCGAAGAAAAGCCGGUAAAAAGGGCAGUCCAACGACAACAAAUUUGUUGACACAUCUUGAUGCAUUCAACACCGCCACAGUGGCACCUGAUUUGGAUAAAUUGAAAGCUACAGUAGCGACUCGACAGAUUGAGCUGAAGAAGAAUGAAUUAACCUCCGACCAGGAUGUUGACACAUCAGUUUCACUCCAAUUGCUGCAAGAGUGGAAGUCGUCGCUGCCAAGUCGUGGAUCUAAGCACAAAAUCUUAAUCCCUCUAGAGAACGAUUGUCAACGUGACUUGGCACUACUUGAGGCGCCGAUCGAGUCUACGAAAGGUGAGGUGACUUCGGAUGAGCAACGCUGGGAAGAUUGGGUGACAAAUGAGGAAAUCAGUUCGGAGGACAGUGGACGGAUCCAUGAAGAUGGACUUAUUCCUCCAGCUCCCGCUGAGAUGAAAGAGCUGUAUAAAAGAGCUCAGAAAAUACUCAACACUCCCUGUUUCGUGAGGAAGAAACUGCCAACAAAGCCACCAUCACCUGAACGCGGCCACAGAUAA